UGCUUUCCCAGGGCCAUGGUGAACGUCACGCUCCUGCUGACCUCCUUGAACGCCAGCAGCCCCUCCUUGGAGCGUGAGUGCGGCAAGGAGGAGCACCCCUACAAGUGCAAGUUUGACGAGGACUUCAAAUACAUCCUCCUGCCCGUCUCCUACAGCAUCGUCUUCGUGGUGGGCCUCACGCUCAACCUGCUGGCCCUCUACGUCUUCCUCUUCCGGAUCAAGACCUGGAACUCCUCCACCACCUACAUGUUCAACCUCGCCCUGUCCGACCUGCUGUACGUGAUUUCCUUGCCGCUGCUGGUGUACUACUACGCCAUGGAGGACGACUGGCCGUUCAGCGUUGGGCUGUGCAAGAUCGUCCGGUUCCUCUUCUACACCAACCUCUACUGCAGCAUCCUCUUCCUCCUCUGCAUCAGCGCCCACCGCUUCAUGGGCGUCUGCCUCCCUCUGCGGUCCCUGGAGUGGGGCCAGGUCCGCUACGCCCGCUGGGUCUCGGCAGCGGUCUGGCUGGUGGUGGUUGCCUGCCAGUCCCCCGUGCUCUUCUUCGUCACCACCAGCCAGAGGUGCGACGGCAUCACCUGCCACGACACGUCCGCCAAGGAACUCUUCGGCCAGUUUCUGGUCUACAGUUCCGUGAUGCUGGUCCUGCUGUUCUGCAUCCCCUUCCUGCUCCUCAUUGUCUGCUACUGCAUGAUGGCCCGGAAGUUGCUGCGGCCCACGCGGGGCACCACCCGCAUGUCGAGCUCCAAGAAGAAGUCCGUCAAGAUGAUCAUCGUUGUCACGGUGGUCUUCAUCAUCUGCUUCCUGCCCUUCCACAUCACCCGCACCUUGUAUUACUCCUUCCGCAGCUGGGAUCUCAGCUGCCCCACCCUCAACGCCAUCAACCUGGCCUACAAACUCACCCGCCCGCUGGCCAGCACUAACAGUUGCCUCGACCCCAUCUUGUACUUUUUGGCCGGGCAAAAGUUUGUCAAAUUUGCCUGCCCCCAGACCACGGUGAAAAGCACCACCCAUUCUGGGUCAAGCACCGUGCCCCAUUGCAACUUGCGGGCCAGAGACCAUCUGGCCAUGAAAGUAAAAAACACGGUAUCGUAGCCUGUUUCAUUGCUAACUUUUCUGCAAAUAUUUUCUGUCGGGAAGAUGCUCGUACCAGAGGAAAGAGGGCUUCUGAAAUUCUGGAAGGGUGUUUUCGUAGGUGGUACAAAUGGCACAACAGACGUGUGAAAAGUUCACUGUUUAAAUGACUUUCUAGAGAGGGACUAAGAGAGCUCAGAGCACUCUUAGGCACGUUGUCUAAAUUGCAAGUUGUACCUUGUGCCACAGAAGGUCAGUUGCUUGUAUAACUGCAGGAGAAAUGUUAUUUCUUGAAAAACAAGAAACUGAAAAACUGAGCAUUGGCUCAGUUCACACAACACGGAGACAAGGUUCAAAUGUGGCUUGGUAAGGACAAGAGACCAGGGUGGGCAAGAAACAGCCAUCACCAAGGUCUUAUUGCUUACUGUUUCCUAAAUGAUAUUCAUGCUAUUUUCAUUAGCAAUUAUGGACAAUUUCCCUCUGUUAGUUUCCCUCUGAGACACUUUGGAAGGAUUCUGCUCCUGAGAGAUGGAAUAGAAUUAGAAAUAACAUUUGUAACAAUAUAGUAAUAUAUACUAGUAAUAGUUGUGGUUCAUGAUUCAGCCAUUGAAAGCUUAGCCUUUUAAUAAAAUGUGUUAGCCAGAAAAAAUGCCACUAGACGUUGAUUUUUGGCUACUGUAGACUAACGUGGCUGUUCUUCUACAAUGUUAACACGUUGUGUGAACCAAGCCAACAUGCUAAGUGAUUCUGGCUGUGUUUAGACAACAUGCUUAACCGGGUUAAGGAAAGACCUAGUGGAAAUAUUCACACAACUUGCAAAACUUGGUUGGCAUUAACCUUGAUUAGGUUUUGGGUGGCUCAAGGUGUGGUGUUAAUCCAGCCGAUUCGAUUGGCUCUGGAGUCAGUGAUGUGUAGAAGUGUGAUGUUUCAGGCAAUGUGAUUUGUUUGUUGGAUCAUAACAUGUGAGGUGAGCAUAGUCACUGAGUUCUCUUAACUCGGUUUUAACACGUUACCUGAACUUCUAGGCAUUGUACUGUCUGUGAUCCAAGAUAAAGGGUUGCACGAAUAAUAGAUUAUAUGCAUUAAAUCCCCAAUUUUAUGGACCUCCAUUCAGCAGACUUUGGACGCAAUGGACAAAUUUGGACAAUGUUCCUACAUUUUCUGUAAAUUAGACAUUUUAAUAUAAAUUACAAAAAUCUAUAUGUAAAUUAUGUAAAAAUUUACAUACAUCAGAUUUAUGUAAUUAUCUACGUUCUGAUUUAAUGGACAUUUGGCUUUAACAGACACCUCUCAGUUGGUCCAUAAAUUAAGGUUUUCGCCGCAUUUUUUCUUGGGCUGCAACAUUUCAGCUUCCAAGCAGGGGUAGAAAGGGGAAUUCUGGGAGUUAAGUCCACACAUUUUAAAAUUGCCAAGUUUGAGAAACACUGGAUUAGAGUAGGAUUAAACACCCCUCCACAUCGCUGAGCUUCAAUUUUUCAUGUACCAGAAAGUUUUGAUUCAGGAAGGUGCCUAGUUGCAAUCUCCCAGCUACAAUCCAGGUGAAAGGACCCAGAGGGGCCAUUUAAGUACUUUAUAAGCAGUUCAGGUAGAACAAGGUAAUUCACCUUUGCACCUGCUCGUCCUGUUCACCUUGAACAACACUGACUCCUGCAGAACGUCACAAGCAAUGGUGCUUAAUGAAGGGCCAUUAAAAUCCCCAUUUCCGAACAACUACAGGUGGUCCUUGCUUAACAACCAUUCGUUUAGUGAUGGUUCGGACUUACGACGGUGCUGAAAAACUGACCUGUGACUGGUCCUCACACUUAUGACCAUCGCAGUGUCCCCCCUGGUCAUGUGAUCACGAUUUGGGCGCUUGGCAACCAGUUCUCAUUUAUGACCAUCACAGCAUCCUGUGGUCACAUGAUUGCCAUUUUCCACCUUCCCAGCCGGCUUCUGGCAAGCAAAAUCAAUGGGGAAUCCCAUGAUCUGCUUAAUGUGGUUCGCUUAACACCCACAGCGAUUCACUUAACGUUCACCACAAAAAUGGUCAUAACAUCAGGUCAGAUUCGCUUAAUGACACUUUGCUUAGCAACAGAAAUUCCAGGCCCAACUGUGGUUGUUAAGGGAGGACUACCUUUAUUUAUUAAAGACCCUAGAAGGAGAUGUUUUCCUUUCCUUCCGGCAGUGUGCUGGAAAUCUUGAUCUAACCCUUUCCCAGUUAUAAAACCCACAAGGCACCCUUAGGCGAGCCAUUCACGUGCAUUGUGCCCCAACUCACAGGCUGAGUUCACGCAGCACUUUCAACCCGGCCUGGGUAAAACUGGAUGUUUGUGGACGAAAGUCAUUCUGUUUUCUUAGCCUGGCUUGAGGAAGUUGUGUGAACUCAGGCAGCAUUGGGUUAGUGACAUUUCCAGGCCCUGGGCUGGAUUUGCAGACAUAGGACCCUCAUAAUCUGAGGCUGAUGUGCUUCAGAGACCUGGCUAAGUUUUUAACUGACCCACUGAAGCCUCUGGUGUGAACACAGCCAGUGUGAAGAAAUGGCUUCUAGUGCCGUGCCUGCAAUGGUGGAUAGCAAAUAUUUAUUUUUGUAUUUAUUUAUUCACCUGAUUUAUAGCCUAUCUUUCCUCCAGGAGCAUCCCUGGUUCUCAUUGCUCUGAUUUUUCUCCCCCGCAACAACAACCCUGCAAGGUAGGCUGGGCUUGGAGGGGCUGACGUGACAUCAGAGAACUUGCUUGGCUGAGGAUGAACUGGAACCUGGUUCUCCCUUCCCCGAGUUUAAUCCCUGAAAUCCUUCCCCACCAGACAUGAAGAGGUCCCUUGUUCAGAGUACUACUUCAUUCCUCAUGAAAUCUUAAGCACUUGCUGGGAUUCAUGAUAUAACACUGAUUCUUUAAUGAUUCUUUGUGGUUUUGUCUUAUUUUUAGGUCUCUUUGUUUUUAAAAAUGUAUUCUGUUCAGAAGGGAGAAAGUGGCUGCUGAUAUUUUAAAUAAAGCUGUUAUUAACAAGAAGAAAUUGAAUGGGGUGUAUGCAAGAGUGGUCAAAACAGUCAAGAUGGCGGCUGCGAUGGUGCAAUCAAAACUUCACCCACUGUUUCAAUCGCACCAUUGCAGCCGCCAUCUUGACUGUUUUGACUGUCCCCUGUGGACAACCUGCAAGAUAGUGGAAUGAAUAAAAUGGACAACUGACCAUUAGGAGCAACUGAAUGUUAAUCUGGACAAAAGACCUUGUUAUAGCUACUGUUUCUGUUAGUCUUCCUGUUGGGCCUUUUUUGAACAACCCAACAAUAUUUAGCAGAAGAAAUCUUUCUUGGUACAAAUUCAAAGCCAGGGAGAAAAUGUUGUCAGUUAAGUUAUUGUACAUUUCACACAGCGACGCCCAAAUGCUUGACCAGUAACAAAUUUGACGGACCGGAGCAAGGAACCGCAAAUGAUUCAGUAAUAUGUAUGAGUGACAAUUUUGCAAAACUAAACAAAGAAUUAAAAUCC